AUGGAGUUAGAGAAAACAAGUGAGAAGAACCCGCAUCUGAUACAAAUAUUAAGAAAGGGCCUGCCGGAUAAACUUUCUUCUAAUAUGGAAAUAGAGAUAAGAUUCGGGACUUUGAUGGACAAGGCAACACAGAAAAGGCUUAGCAUUAAAAUGCUACAUCCGUGCAUUAUGGAAAGGUCUGACACUUUAUGGUUUGAAGCCAGUGUGACAGAGAAUGAUUUUACCCAGAUGAAAAAGUAUUUUUCUACCAUGUUCAAAGACUCUGAGGAAAAGUUAAUAAUUGACACUCUUUUAAAGGGCAUUCGGCGAUCUGAAGUUAGAGAGAUUAAUGGUGAGUCUGUGCGUGUAGAUCCUGUUAUAAUCAAAAAGAAGAAGCUGUUCUUUUUGGAUAUUUUCUGUCCUUUUAGUAAAUACGACAUGCGAAUUAGUGUGUGUGAAGAGAUAGUGCAGAAAGAUACUUUUGGCAUGCAGCAAGUACAAGGAAAUAUUCGAGAAAAAAAAAGAACUACAUACACCCAUCCACUAUUUGUAGUAGAUGUAACAGAGGUAAAUUCAGGGAAAGAAAGUGCAGAUAUAAAAUAUUUUACACCAUCAUAUGAGAUAGAGAUUGAGGCAAACAACAAGACAUACGAGAAAGAUGUCUUUAUAAAUAUCGUAAAUAAUUCAAUAGACGCUAUUAGGCAGGCUUUAAAGCACAGAUAGUGGAAAUACAUGACAGAUAGUUAAGGAAAAGAAAAUAAAAGCGUACA